AUGGAGCCGCCUCACCCUCCAGGCAGCACCCCCCGGGAAGAAAUCGAAAGCCAUCUACUCCCACAUCAGCAACAACAAAACCAGCAAGAACCCAAUAUUGACCUUGCAAGAGAAUCUGACACUAUCUCAACCCUUACAAACACUCCCGGUACCCCUAUAGCGCUCCCAACGAGUACCCCGCAUUUUCAAAAAUCACCUUUCAACUUUACAACGACGCCAUUUCUACUUCUUCUCCAUGGCGCAGAUACACUGGUGUUUAUUGACCCUUCUCCUGAGACAAUCCAAUCCAAGUUGCCUCUUUCCGUACAGACAGUUCCCCAUCGCAUCCACAGUGAAAGAUUAUUGGCUACAGGCUCGGCUUACUUCAAACGACUCUUCAAUCCGCAAAUGCAAACUCGGGUCCAAAAGCGACGCGGCUUGACUGGAAAACUACCAGAUGGAAUUCAAUAUGUCUUGGACCUCACACCUCCAACUCUAGACGAAGAUGCAGUCAUCUUCCUAACCGAGCUUUCAUGUCCUAUGAGUAUCAGGACUUGGGCCUCGAAACAGAGAAUGUGGAACUUGCCACGGUCCUGUGUUGGAGGACAAGAUGAGUUGGAGUCCGUCGAGCAGCUCACACAAUUCCCUACAACAUCCCCUGAGCCCGGGACCGAUACCUGUGGCGACCAUCUACGUGAACGUAUGAAAAAUGAGCCGAUUGAAGCCUCAUCUGAACCGCAGGACAAAUUUUCAGAAUCACGGCCUAAAAUAGUAGAGCAGAAAAGCCUGCCGGUGGAAUAUUCAGCCUCCCGUCAUCGUGAAGGCAUCGAGCACAUUCUCCACGUUUUGGAAGGACUAAACCCUAGAAUAGACACUCCUUGCAAGAUGUGGACUUUUUUUGCGCUCGCCAAAAUAUUGGACGUGGCUACGGUGCCGGCCAUCUCUGACCACAUCAUCUCGUGGUUCUACGAGCUCAACAACAGUCGGUUCAUUGAGCUUCAUCCCGAUGUGACAUAUCGAGUGGCAUGCGGUAUCAAGUCUCCCUACCUCUGCCGAGAUGCUUUUAUUGAAAUGGUUGGAGAUGAAGCCCUGCUGUACCUGAUCCGGGCUACAUGUUUCAAACCGAUCGGGUCAAUGGAAAGCUUGGUGCGGAGCCAUAUUUCCGAUAUUCUAGACGACACAGAGGUGCAACGUAUCGAAUAUGCCAGCAAGAGUUUUGGUGACUACGUCGUUCGGUGCUUCUUACAGUUGGCCGGACAUGAAAUGCCCUGGUUGGCACACAUUACUGAGUUCCAGAAGCUUACGCGCCAUCUUCAACUUUAUCCUACAGACCGUGGAGUCGUAUAUCCACUGAUCGUGACGCUGAAGGAAUUCAUUCGUGACCGCAUCUACGGGGCAUUAAUCAAUGAAAGAGACACAAAUCGCUCAUUCCAUGUGGCGCCAAACUUGGAGAGAUCCGAAAACGCAUACCACCGAUGGGGCAUAGACAAGGGAUUUGUCCUCCAGCGAUUAAUCGGGAAAAGCUUCUGGGGCGCACUGCUAUCCCUAGAUCUCUACCAAGAUUCCACCUCUCGCAAGGAGUCUCAUUCUUCAAUAGCGGAAAUUGGCAAUGGCUCACCAGCCUUUGGUGGUGAAACUGCAGCAAUGAUCCGCCACGUGUCGCCCGGUGAAGUUCGACAGAUGAGCCAUGUGUUCAAUGAAACGGUUAGAACUAGAGCGCAGGCUCGCCAGGAGGAAGAGGCUCUAGCUGCCAGACAUGCAGGUGGUCAUUUUACGACGGAGAUGACUAUCAACGUCCGGAAGGCAGAAACCGGAAUCAAGGUCGGCAGCACCUUUAACAACGGCCCAUUCCUCAGUCCCAUUCCUGCUCCCACCCCUAACCCAUGUCUUCCGCCUGCAUCUCGAAUGCCACACAAGACAGACAUCUCAGCCGUGUUCAACGAAAGCACAUUCAAAGAUGAGGUUUAUUCUUUCCUGAGACAAUACGCACUAGAGAUGUUGCAGCACCGCGGCCCACCCACAAUUCGACACGAACUCACAGAUAUCCUAACCUGCCUCACAUACAACGAAUUCCAAUACCUACCUCUAUGGGCGGGCGGAAACGACGAUGAAACGGGCGGUGUUUUCACCGACCUGAUCGUUCCCGCCACGGACGUCGGCGGAUUCUCAGCUCCGGGGCCUGCCGUGCACAAUGGCAGUGUUACCUCGAAUGAUUCUCUCAGCGAGAUCGAGCAUAGUGACGCCCAGAGCACUAUUUGUGGCGCGUCCCAUAAUGCCACUUACAGUCAUGCUUCGGAUAUCAUGUCCGUGGACUCUACCGACUAUUCACAGUUUAGGGUCAAGCGUGAGAAUCAUGAGAGCUAUGAUGAAGUCCGGUCGGAGGGUGAGAUAUCAUCGCUGGUUGGCCUGACCACCGACGAUGGUGAAUACGAAACACAGAGCGAUGAUACCAUUACCGUGGAUGUGGGAUCGCCUGAGCCUUCCUUUGCUGGUAUUUCCGAUGAUAUCGAAGUGGACAAAGUGGAAGACGAAGAAGGUAAUGAUACUGAGUUCGAAUUCAUCGAUGUCCACAACUACUUUUAA